AGCAGGCCCAGCGCCCGGGGCCGCCCGGUGCCCGCCGCCCCGCCGCUGCCUCCCGGCCCCGCGCCCCUCCGCCGCCGCCCGGCCCCUGCGCGCAGUCCCGGAGCGGCCCCCGGCUGCCAGACAUGACCGCCAUCAUCAAAGAGAUCGUCAGCAGGAACAAAAGGCGAUACCAGGAGGAUGGCUUCGACCUGGACCUGACCUAUAUUUAUCCAAACAUAAUUGCUAUGGGUUUUCCUGCGGAGAGACUUGAAGGAGUAUACCGGAACAACAUUGAUGAUGUAGUAAGGUUUUUGGAUUCAAAGCAUAAAAACCAUUACAAGAUAUACAAUCUAUGUGCUGAAAGACAUUAUGACACCGCCAAAUUUAACUGCAGAGUUGCACAGUACCCUUUUGAAGACCAUAACCCACCACAGCUAGAGCUUAUCAAACCUUUUUGUGAAGAUCUUGACCAAUGGCUAAGUGAAGAUGACAAUCAUGUUGCAGCAAUCCACUGUAAAGCUGGAAAGGGACGAACUGGUGUAAUGAUAUGUGCAUAUUUGUUGCAUCGAGGCAAGUUUUUAAAGGCUCAAGAAGCCCUAGAUUUCUAUGGGGAAGUAAGGACCAGAGAUAAGAAGGGAGUGACAAUUCCCAGUCAGAGGCGCUACGUGUACUACUAUAGCUACCUGUUAAAGAAUCACCUGGAUUACAGACCAGUGGCACUGCUGUUUCAUAAGAUGAUGUUUGAAACAAUUCCCAUGUUCAGCAGCGGAACUUGCAAUCCUCAGUUUGUGGUGUACCAGCUAAAGGUAAAGAUAUUCACCUCCCCUUCAGGACCCUCAAGACGUGAAGACAAGUAUAUGUACUUUGAAUUCCCUCAACCUUUGCCGGUAUGCGGUGAUAUCAAAGUGGAAUUUUUCCACAAACAGAACAAGAUGUUGAAAAAGGACAAAAUGUUUCACUUUUGGGUAAAUACAUUCUUCAUAGGACUGGAUGAAAAUUCAGACAAAGUAGAAAAUGGAAGUCUAGUUGCAGAUCAGGAACUUGAUGGUAUUCUCAGUACAGAGCGCUCAGAUAAUGAUAAGGAAUAUUUAAUCCUUACAUUAACAAAAAAUGAUCUAGACAAAGCAAAUAAAGACAAAGCCAACAGAUAUUUCUCUCCAAACUUCAAGGUGAAGCUAUUUUUCACAAAAACAGUAGAAGAGCCAUCAAAUCCAGAGGCUAGCAGUUCAACUUCUGUAACACCAGAUGUUAGUGACAAUGAACCUGAUCAUUAUAGAUACUCUGACACCACUGACUCUGAUCCAGAGAAUGAACCUUUUGAUGAAGAUCAGCAUACGCAGAUUACAAAAGUCUGAAUAUUUUUUUUAUCGGAGAUAAAAAAAAAAAAAAAAAACACACAAAAAAAAACCAACCACGAAGAGUGACAAACUUGAAUAAACUGAAAAAAGGACCUUUUUAAAUGGCAAAAGGACAUAGUGUCAGAUUACCAAUUAUAGGAACAAUUCUUUCCUGACCAAUCUUGUUUUGCCCUAUAAAUCUACAGGGUUUGACACUUGUCCAGUUGAAAAAAAAAAAAAAAAGGUUACGUAGGUCUAAUAUGUAUAUACCUUUUUGUGUCAAAAGGACAUUAAAACUUCAAUUAGGAACUAUAAACAUGGCACUUUCCCAUUUUAUUCCAGUUUUAUAAAAGUGGAGACAGAUCUAAUGUGUAUACGUAGGAAUUUUUCCUUUUGUGUUCUGUCACCAAACGAAGUUUCGAAAAUAUACAGGUUCACAUCCUGCCCCUUUUUUUGCACUUGUGUGGCAACAGAAAAGUCUGCAGUUGGCUAAGAGAUGUUUCUAGAAGGUUUUACUACAUUCUAAUGCAUGUAUUUCGGAUGGGGGAUGGAAAGUAAUGCUCAGAAAGGAAUAUAGUCUGCUGGAGCUUGGCCUGUGUACCAUAUCCAGCUAUUUACAUGCACCUUUCUUUAGCAUGCUGCCGUAAUUCAUCCUGGAUGAUUGAAGAGUCGCCGCUGUCACUGCUUGUUGUUUGUGCAUUUUAUUUUUUUAAGUGUAAUGGUGCUAGAAAAGGCAGCUAGAGGGAGUGAUUCUGUAUAGGGGUACAGGAAUGAACCUUCACAACAUCUUAAAGACCCACAAAUGAAGGGAGAAAAAUUAUUGGGGUCACAGAAAGGAAACACAGCAACAAUGACUUAACCAUACAAAUGUGGAGGCUAUCAACUAAAAUAUGGGCUUGAAAGAAAUUGUUACAAAAUUUGACAAUGAUUUAUUAAUUGUUUUUUCAGAAUUGUAAUGGCUGCUCCAUCUCCUGUGUAAUCAAGGCCAGUGCUAAAAGUCAGAUGCUAUUAGUGCAUACAUCAGUCAACAUCUUACACUUAUAUUAUUAGUUUUUCAAUCAUAUUCCUGCUGUGAAUACUUCAUGUGCUGCCUUGCAAGCUUUUUUCUCAUUAAUAUAAAAAUAUUUUGUAAUGGUGCACAGGAAAUUUCAGUUGGAGAUUCUCCAGGUUAGUGUUUGUUUUGAAGAUUUAUGAUGCAUUUAUUCAAUCAAACCUCUGUCAGCUGUUCCGCCCCUUUGACCUUACGCAUUCUAGUACAAUAAGUUUUGCAGUUUUGCACACUUUAAAAAAAAAUGUCAUUAACUGUUAGGGAUUUUUACUUGAAUACUCAGUAUCUACAAUGUUUUAAAAAUAGACAUUACACCACGAUAUAGAGAAAACCAGUGUUGCAGUAAAUUCUCAGCACUGUGUGUAUAUGAAGAUGUGUACUUUUUAAAAGCAGAGCUCGUCCCAGAUACAUUGUUUGCUAUUAAAAAAAAAAAAAAAAAAAGGAAAACAAACCACCCAACAAAUUAGAUUUCUGAACUGGCAGUGUUGUAUUAUUUGUUCGUAGGGAUAUAGCCAGGAGUAGGGCUUGAGAUUCACUUUCGGUAUAUAAUUGACAUGCCCAGACUGCAGAUGACUUAAGAGUACAACUACUGUUGCAUACAAAUGCGAAGUAGCUGACAAAAUUGUUCUCUCUAAAGCACGCCAUGAAUAGCUGUCCCCAAAUUGACACUUUUUUAGGAUGUAAUACACCCCCCCCACCACCUUUUUAAUUAACUUAUUGGUGCUGACAUUGAAGUUCAUUAGCUGUGUUCUCGCCUAGAUAUACCAACUGUGUAUGGAAUCUGCAAGGGCCCUGUACAACAGCAUUAAUGGUAAGAAUUUGAAUGAGACAAGGCAGGACUUCCAGUAAUUACUAUUGGUAAACGAAGGUAUAAAGUGCUUUUUUUUUUUUUCCGGUAUCUGUUGGUCAGUUUUGCUCAUCAGAUUCAUGAUUCUAACGUCUAACAAAGCUGAUAAAUAUUUUCUGACUUAUAGGUUUAAUUAGACUUUACUAGCUUAAUGGAUCAAGAUUGCUGGUUCCAGUGCUCAUUAUUCCCACUGUUACUGACGAGCAGGAGGUGGUUACCUUGGGAUGUGAUGUUUAACUCUUAUUCUUCAAAUCAUGUUUCACCUUGUCAGUUUUUUAACAGUUGAAAGUUGUGUUGGCUAAUAAACAAAAAUGUUCAUACUUUAAAAGUAUUCGGAUAUUGACACUGCUGCGUGUCCCACUUUGGCUAAUAAAAAUUGGAUUGGUGCGGUUCCGGUAUGUAACACCGAGGGCCGGAUUGGAAAUCUUGACAUGAUGGGCUUUUGCACUGUUAUUUUUCCUUUGGAAUGUGAAGGUUGGAAUGAGGGUUUUGGUUUUUUUUGAAUGUUUCGAUGUCUUUGAGAAGCCUUGCUUACAUUUUAUGGUGUAGUCAUUGGAAAUGGAAAAAUGGCAUUAUAUAUAUAUAUAUUAUAUAUAUAAAUAUAUAUUAUACAUACUCUCCUAUACUUUAUUUCAGUUACCACCCCCAUAGAAGUUGACAAGAAUUACUAUGACUGAAAGGUUUUUGAGUCCUUAUUAAAACUUUAUUUAUGACAGUAUUCAUAAUUAGCUUGAACUGCAUUCUGUAGGUAAUCUUUCCUUGAGUUUCUGGACUGUAUGCUUAAACCUUUUUGGAUGUGCAACAGCUUACAUGUCUGAAACUACUUGAAGGCAUCACUUUGGUAAGAGCUUACUGUUAGGCCCUGAAGCAUCCCCUCGUCAUUGGUAGCCCCACUCAAAAUAUUUGCCACAGCUAUUUAAGGGCAGUUGUAUAAAUAACAUCCAGAUUCAUUCCUGUGGCACACAUUGUAAACUGAAGUGGAGUUUACAUGCAGCAUCAAACGUUUCAGCUUUCAAAAAACAAAAACAACAACAAAAAAAUAGGAUGCUAGUGUGCAAGUUCCAUGUUUAGUCAUAGCAAAUGUGUGCAAUAUGUUAACGAUGCCUGUGGUUGCCACGAAGUGCCUCGUUUACCUUUUAAAAUACUGUUAGAAAGUGUCAUGCAUGCAGAUGGAUGGGGUGGAACUGUGCACUAAAAGGGGCUCCAACUGCAGUGUUUGGCAGAGCUGCCUUUCUCUGCCAGUUCAAAUUUUCAGUCUGUUUUCAUAUAGCAUAUAUAUAUAUAGAUACUAAAAGAAAAAAAAAAAAAAUCAGUCUGUUAAGCAGCCUUACUCUGAUUCAGCCUCUUCAAAUACUAUUGUGCUGUGCAACAGUGGCUCUGUGUGUAAUGCUAUGCACUGAGAAUACACAAAAACCAAGUAUGACAUGUACAGGAUAAUGCCUCAUACAAAUCAGAUGUCCGUUUGUUAUUGUGUUUAACAACCCUUUAUCUCUUAGUGUUAAAACUCCACUUAAAACUGAUUAAAGUCUCAUUCUUGUCA